CCGGGCGCGGGAUUUGAAGCCCGAGUCUUGCCGGCUGCGGAGGAACUGCGGACUUCCGCCGUGACUCGGGCUUCCCGAGAUAUAUUCCAGAGAAGGCAGAGCUUGAACUGAGUGAGCCCUGAAGAGGAAGAAUUCAGGAACAAAAUGAGACCUAGGGAGCAUAUCAUUUGCCAAUGACUUUCAGUUGCUGCAAAGUUUUCUGCUAAAAUUCAAGAGAAAGGCAUUGCCAUAGUAGUACUUAAUACAAACGUGCAUAGGACAGGAUCGGUUUUCCCCCUACUUCUGAACCAAUGACGGGAAAAUGGGCAGCAAAACUGAAGCAAAUUGAAGAACGAGCAUCUUGCUAUGAAAGGAAACCAUUGUCGUCUGUGUAUAGACCAAGACUGUCCAAACCAGAAGACCCACCCUCCAUAUGGAAGCUAUUUCAUCGACAAAAUCAAGCUUUUAAUUUUGUUAAAAGCUGUAAAGAGAAUGUUCAUGUGUUUGCUUUGGAAUACAAAGUGGGUGAUGGACAACGUAUUUACCUUGUAACAACCUAUGCUCAACUUUGGUUUUAUUAUAAGUCCCGGAAAAAUCUCUUGCACUGCUAUGAAGUUAUUCCUGAAAAUGCUGUGUGCAAACUUUAUUUUGAUUUGGAAUUCAGCAAACAUGCCAAUCCUGAAGCUGAUGGUAAAAAAAUGGUUGCAUUACUCAUAGAGCAUGUUUGUAAAGCACUUCAAGAAUUAUACAGUGUCAGUUGUUCAGCUGAAGAUAUUUUCAACUUGGAUUCUAGCACUGAUGAAAAAUUUAGCCGCCAUUUAAUAUUUCAGCUCCAUGAUGUGGCAUUUAAAGAUAACAUUCAUGUUGGUAAUUUUGUGAGAAAAAUUUUGCAGCCUGCUCUUCACUUAAUUUCCAGUGAGGAUGAUGAUAGGAUUCCAAACCCAAUGGGUCAUGAACUUUCCCCUUUUCCUGAAACACCAGUAAAACAAGGAACUGCCUUUAACCAAAUGUCCCCAGAUAAGGAUAUAGCAAAGAGCUGGGCUUUGAAUUCACAGAGACCAGAGAGAUUAGACUCAGCUAAGCAAAGCAGUCCUGAGCUUUCAUUUUUAGUUGUGAAGAAUAACAUGGGAGAAAAGCAUCUUUUUGUGGAUCUAGGAGUUUAUACAAGAAACAGAAACUUCCGAUUAUAUAAAUCAUCAAAAAUAGGAAAGUGUGUGGCUUUCGAGGUUGCUGAAGAUAACAAAUUUUUUCCUAAAAAGUCAAAAAAUAUUUCUGAAGAAAACCAAUAUUUCCUUUCUUCCUUGGUCACCAACGUCAGAUUCUCAGAUUCUUUACGGAUUCUUACAUGUGACACAUCUCAGAAUAAACGAAAGCGAACUGAACAUGUUAACAGAACCAGCAGUCCAGUAGAAACCAUUGAGGGCUUUCAGUGUUCACCCUACCCUGAAGUUGAUCGUUUCGUUCUUUCUUUGGUGACCAAAAAUGACAUUAAAGGAGGAAUUCGGCGUUGGAACUACUUUUUCCCAGAAGAAUUACUGGUUUAUGAUAUUUGUAAAUAUCGCUGGUGUCAAAACAUUGGGAGAGCUCACAAGAGUAAUAAUAUCAUCAUAAUCUUGAGAAGACUAAGGCAGAAGAGGAGCAUCCUAAAACAAAGCCAGUGCAGACAGGUGAACGGUGAUGGGCGGCCUGCCUGCUGCACCUUUUCUCUUGCCGUUGGCUGCUGACGCCGUAGAACCUGACAGCUCAGUUGAAAUUGGGUAGAUCUGAGCAAGAGGGGAACUCACAGAUUAAUGUUAAGGUGGUGUUAGCUUGCUGGAAACAAAAUAUGGUACAGAAGAGAACUGGUAUUUAUUGAAUGCCUGCUUUGUACACAGACCCUGUUUUAGGAAUUUUUCUAUCUGGUAAAAGAAGAGGAAGUAGAGUACAAAGUAAAACUAAAAUUAGAUUUUUAAAUGAUACGAGAAUAUGAUUAGAAGAGGGGUAAAGUCUAGUAGUCAGCAGUUAUGAGAAACUGUGUUAUAUUUAAUGUCAAAGCUGAAACUCUGCCUACGCAGUACACAUGCUAGACAUUAGGAAAGGAUUUUUCUGGAAAGCUAGAAAGCAUAUUAGGUAGUAUAUUCAGUGUUGCCCUUGAUACACUUAGAUUAAUUCCAUUUAAAAAGGAUUAGAAACUAGUACAUAGAAGUAUAACAGCAGCAACAAGAAAAAAACUAUGAAGGAACAGGUCACUCACAGCCCCACAAUCUAGUGACAACUAACACUAUCAUUUUGGCGUAUGUUUUUAGCUUUUUUUCAAUGCAUACACUUUCCAAAAAAUCAUUGUUGUAUAAUAAUAUUCUGCCUUUUAACUUUGAAAUGUAGAACAUAUGAAAAAAAUAUAUAUAUAACAUAUAUGUACAUUCUAAAGACUAAAAUGACAACCUCUCAUAACUGUCACCCACCUUGAGAA